AUGGCGAGAGAUGUGCGACGGGGGCGCUUCCUCUUCUUCGUGCUCCUUGUCGUCGUGGCAGCCUGCAGCUGGAGGGCGUUUGCUGUGCCGCCUGAGGGGGACGUUGGCAAACCUGGAGUGGGUCGUCAUCUUCCUCUUCCUGGCAUGAUGCACGAGAACGAGAUCAUGAAGCUCAACGACAACGUCCGGAUGGAAGUGAUGCAACCGGGUCAGGACAUGGAGAUGCAGCUGGGUGGCAUGGCGGCUGGCAGGGUCGUGAACCCUGGUCCUGGGGACGUGGGCGAGAUGGAGGCAAUGGGAGGAAUGGGCAGUGGCAACCAGGAAACGACUGGGGUGGCUAUGACGAAUGGGAUGAGUACACUGGCGCUUGGGAGUGGCAACAAGAACAAGCCGAUCGCGAAGACACUGGGACGCAUGGUGAUCGUGAACCUGCAGAACAUUCUCCUGUACGCCCACGAGCAGAAGGCUUCUUUCGACGUGGUCACUGGGUUGGGCGUCCACGCAGUGAUGAAGAGCAACGCUUUCAUGAUGGAGGCCAGGGGCGCGUGA